AGCUCAGUUAUAUUUUUGAUCGCAUCCGGAACAGACGUACUGGCAGCAAAUAAAUAUAUUUUUUUUUUUACCGUAAAUCAUACAAAUCUAAAUUUUACCAAAACCGUACUUUUUAAUUUUUCCUCUAUAAGUUUUUUCGACUUUGUCCAAUUUUCGUUUCUGCUAACAUGGCCAAAGCUAAACUAAAUCUGUGGAUGACUCAACUUCGUUCCAUGGGGCGAUCCCUGCGCUGGGAUUUUUCCACAAUAAACAAUGCCAGAUGGACCCUUCCUUGGACUCAGACCAUAUACAAACGUUUACCCUCAACGCCCUCAUCUGCAAAGUUCACAACCGAAACCAAUGAAGUUCCAAUAACCGAAGGACUCAAAUGUGAAGAACAAUGCGUCGGCUUGAAUGGCAUACGUGAUAUUAAGCUGGGCGAUCCAUCGAUCCCAAAAAUCGAUGGUGAAAUGGCAAGGCCCCAAAAUGGAUUCAUAAGUCGAGCCCUCUACUACCGCAGAUUGUACAUGAAACGUUGAAAGGAUUUUUACUGCCGAAUUCGAAGUUUAGUCUAAAUUUUUUAUGUAAUACGAAUUUUAUACAUGGGACUUGCACACUUCGAUUAACCGAAUAGUUUGUAAACCGGUUAUGUGCUAAAUCUUCUCAGCUACUUCUUAUUACAAACAUUUCUAAAUUAAUUACGGUAAAAAAAAUAGUAAGCAGCACUUUUGUAACAGAUUCUUGAUUUGAUAAUGUAAAAUUAAUAAACAUUAAUAUUUUUGAUACUAAAACGAA